AUGUACCGCUCGUGUGCUUUAGUGGCGCUGUACCUUUUGGUUGGAUUAGCGGUGGGUGGCCGCGCGAUACGGGCGGACGGUGGCGACGGUACGGCAAACCCGCGCUGGACCGUGCGGCCGAUGAACGUGAACUGUCCGCAACCGGCCUGCACCACGGCGAAGGAUCUCAACACACUGUGGGCCUCGCCGGACGCGACCCAGUUCAUACGGUGCCGGCCAGCCCCGACCGGUUACUGGAUGAUCGAGCUGCAGCUCUGCGCACCCGGGACGCUGUUCCAGUUCUCCCGACAGGCGUGCGUGGCCACAAGGAGCUGGUCGUCCUGCUGA